UCAAACAGGCAACAUGGCAUCAACAAUCAUCAUAACUUUGGCCGCCCUCCUGGGAUGUAUCGGCAUCUCCACCGCCUCCGCUGUGGUUGCCGCCCCCGCCGCAUACGUCAACGCCGCCCCAUACAACAUACCACCCUAUGCUGCUAGUGUCAACGUUGUGAACAGAGGACUAGCCGCCCCUUACGUUGCUGCCCCCUAUGCUACUGCACCCUACGUUGCGGCCCCCUAUGCUGCUGCUCCCUACGUUGCCUCACCCUACGCUGCAUCCCCCUACGUAGCUGCCGCUUAUGCCGCUGCACCUUACGCUGCCGCCCCCUACGUUGCUGCUCCCUAUGUUGCUUCCCCCUACGUAGCGGCCCCCGCUAAGUACGCUGCCACUCCAGUUGUUGCCCCUGUAGCCCCUGCUCCUGUUGUAGCUGUGAAAUAAUUUGUUAAAGCUAUAAAAUAAAACUUUAUUAUAUAGUA